AUGGGAAUCCUAGAUCUUCCCAACGAACUUCUCUUUGAGAUCAUCCACUUUUUGGAAUACGGCUGGGAUUUGACGGCGUUUGGCGUGGCUAAUCGUCAACUCCAUGCGUUUGUGAACACAUACCUCUACCAAAAAGUACUUCCCGAUUGCAGCAAUGCAGUGCUGGAGUGGAUUGUCGACAAGGGCAAUGAAGAUGCUUUUGCUCAAUGCCUUGAGGCAGGUAUCCUAGCAUCUGUGGAUAAGCCCACCGCCACGAAAGUACUGAGAAAGGCAAUAUUCCUUGGGCACGAUCAAGUCCUUGGACACCUCAUCGAAAGUGGAAUCACUUCCAUUCAUAAUGAGCAGGAAACUGGUCGCCUCACUUUGUUAUCUCGCGACUUGGAAACCCCGCUUUCUAACGCCGUGACCUGUGGACAAAUAGCUGUUGCACGCGUCCUGGUUGCUCACGGGAUUGACGAAUUUUCUACUGAAAGAAACGAAAAGUUGUUAUCAUUAGCUGCGACGAGUGGAGAGCUUGCGAUGAUGAGGUAUCUUGUGGAGGAGGUAGGCUUGGAUCCGAAUGAAGAAACCAGAAGUGAAGAUACAGCAUUGUGCUCCGCUGCCGCUUUCGGUCAGAAGGAAGCAGUGGAGCUCUUGCUCGAGCAAGGAGCAAAUCCAAAUCUGCUGUCUGUAGAUGGGGAUUCCCCCCUUAUGAUCGCAGCCAGCCAAAGUCAUAUUGAUAUCGUCCAUGUCUUGCUUGCGCACGGCACAAAUGUGAAUCCCACUCCAGGUGACGGAAAUCUCCCUAUCUACUCUGCAAUGAGGUGGGAGAAAGAAACAAAGGUGGCCAUGACACAAGCCAUUGCCGAGAAGAUGGAUCUCGAUUUACUCCGGGAAGGACAUGAAAACCGAGUGACACUCUUGACGAUUGCCGCCACUCUUGGUAAAGAUGCACUCGUUCAAAAGCUGCUCCAGGAAGGUUGCUAUCCAGAGGAUGGAUGGUCAGAAGGGAUACUUUAUCUCAAGCUUGGGCGUCAAGGACCCCUAGAAUGGGCUGCCGAGGCGGGACAUGACUCGGUUGUGAAGAUACUACUCAAGCACGGUGUCAAUGGCAACCAUCGAGAGCCUUUGGAGCGUGCUAUACAAAGGGGACACCUAAAGGUCGCCGAAGUCCUCCUUGAAAAGUACUUGGAGGAAUUUAGAAGAACAAGUUGGUUUAACGACCUUUUAUUUUCGGCUAUAGAACACGAUGCGUGCUUCGAGCUCUUACUUGACCACGGGGCUAACCCUACCGAUGUUGAGGAACAAGAAGAAUCUGUACUCCAGCGGGUUCUCGAGUCAGGACGUCCAUCACUUGCCCAAGCGUUACUCUCCCGAGGCUUUCCGCUCAAGUUCCCACUCUCAAUCGAAGGGCAUAGCGUGGGGUUCCCGUGGCUAGACGCCAGUCGUGGAGGUUUGGCGAUGGUCGAAUUCCUUCUCAAAAACGGACUUGAUCCAAAAACUGCGCACUAUCUCGAAAUGGAAUACUCAGUGAUUGAAGCAAUACGACGAGAAAAUGUUCAGGUUGCUAGCUUUUUCUUGAAACGAGGCAUCACAAUCUCUCAUAUGGAUAUCCUUCCGGAGUGCAUCGCCCAAGCCGCGCUCCUCAAGAGUUCCGAUUGCCCCACUGAAUUGUUCCUUGAUACAUUAUUAAGGAGUGGUGUGGACAUAAACUCUCGAGAUCAACUACAGUAUACUUGUAUCUGGAAGGCUAUCGCCGAUUACCAUGCCAAUCAACUAAAUGUCCUUCUGCAACGGGGCGCAGACCCCCGCCUCCGAGAUAACAAUGGAUACAGUCCUUUGAGAUUCGCAGCAACACAAAGCCCGUCGCUCAUUCGCUAUGCGACAUGUGUUCAGACCAUCCUUGAAUGGUUUGAUCUCCACUGGGCCGAGAUAUCCGCCGAGGAGUCCGAGGAGUUAUACCACGAGCUUUAUGAAGCAGAAGCUGCGGCAGUAACCAAUGGCAGUCGAAAGACAGCUCGAUUGCUGCAGCGGUUUCGACGUGUUCAUUUUGAUCGAGGGUGA